AUGUUAUCCAUUUUGGUAUCACCAGAAGCCAGGGACUAUAGCUGCACAUUGAAGGACAAACGGUGUCCACCCGCUGGCCCAACAAUGCAAUGUGCGGGCGGGACCGUCUAUAAUCAAGCCGCAACAAUCUCUAGCACUAGCAUUAAUGCAUGUCACCUUACUGAUCUCGACACAUUUCCACCCAACAAGCAUUAUACUCCCGCCGAUUCUUGUUCUAGACCUGGAUCGCCCCAUCUUGGCUCUUGUUCUAAGACUUACUUAUUACAAUCUCCACGUACCCCACCGCUUUUCGAGUCUAUUGAUAAUUCUACUCAACCGGACGAAUUGCUUGACUUAUGCGACAAUUCCUCCGCCGGCUCAGACUCAGACUCAGACUCAGACGAUCCAUGCCUUACCACGUGCAGUCCUUGCUUGGAUGUUGAUUAUUUCGGCAAAUAUCUCAUGAAUCUAUCUGUUUCUGGAGCAACUAGGCCUGCCCCGCUUCCCCUCGGCAACGAUCCCCUUCCUUCUGACGCCAAAGAACCCCACCAUGACGAUCCAUACAUAGAAGACGACGACAAUGCUGAUACUUACCCAGACAACCCAGACAACCCAGACAACCCAGACGACCCCGAGGGAGUGCUGGUGGAGGAGCCUCCAAUCCGUGUCCCACCAGAUGAUGCCAAGGGGCCUCCCGGACCUCCGGGCAAUGAUGCAGGGGCCGGUAUGCCUCUAUUUGAUGCUCACCCAACUCUGCGGAACAUCUACUUGCGCACUUGGGCUCAGUAUGCAUUCAACCACGCAACACAGGACUCUGUCCAAGCAAUACUGGAGUCUCACAAAUUGGCACUUAUGGCCAACGCGCAAUACCUCCCCCAGCCGCUUGUCAAAGAGAUUUGA